AUGAAGUUGCUUUUCCUUAUUCUGCCCUUCUUGGGAAGUGUCCUUGCAUUGGUAGCUCGCGACCUACAAGCAGCAUGCACUUGCGAACCCGUCGUCUGCCUAGACUCCUGGCCCGACUCCUGCUACUGCGCCAACGACGCGAAAAAAGCAUGCUAUGAAAAAUGCGGCGGAACUCCUCCAACAUACGAUACCUGCCCUCCUCGAAGCAUAGCGGUACGCGCACCACAAGAAGCAGCACCAACGCCCGUGUCAACACCUACACCCACACCUACAUCCCCGUCUACCUGCGUCUGCGAACCCGUCGUCUGCCUAGACUCCUGGCCUGACUCCUGCUACUGCAACAAUACCGCAAAGAAAAACUGCUACGAAAAAUGCGGCGGCGAACUACCAAAGUAUCAGACCUGCCCGCCGCGAGAAGUCGUCCCAGAACCAGACCCCACAGAGUGCCAGUGCCCAGAAGUAGUCUGUAUCCAAUCCUUCCCCGAAGGAUGCUACUGCGCCAACAACGCCAAACUACAAUGUUACGAGAAAUGCGGUGGUGAAAAACCAGUCCUGAGUAGCUGUGAUUAA